GUGUGUGUGUUGAAAAUGUGUGACCUCCAGCUGCAUUGCUCAAUUAUAUUGAUCACUGAGCACACAAUUACUAGCAAAAGAUGGCGGAGGCGGUGAUGGGUCCGUUGGUGGGUCGGCUGCAGGAGCUGGCGAUGAGCGAGGCGCGGGCGAUGGUGGCGGUGAACGACGACGUACGGAGCCUCCGGGACAAGCUCAUGUGGAUGCAGGCUUUCCUCCGGGAGGCCGAGCCCCGGCGGCGGGCCAAGAACGACGAGCUCAUCAGGGUCUGCCUGCAGCAGACCCGCGAUGCCGUCUUCGACGCCGAGGACGCCGUCGACCAUUACUUCCUCCAGGUCGACCUCUCCAGGUACCCAAACUGGAGUCAUGCAAUCCUCAAGUUCGUCAGCGGCUUCACCACACAAGUCCGUGUGCGGCACCAUCUCUCAAGGAGGAUCAAAUCGAUCAACACGAGGCUUGAGGGCAUUGUGGAGAACAAGGGGAAGUACAAAAUUGAUGACACAACUGACGAUAACUCAAUCACCACUUGGAGACCAUCCACUGCCAUCUCAGCUAUCACUGAAAACAUGAGUGAUUUUGUGCUACCUUUGGUGGGCCGUGAAACCAAGAUAGAAGAACUUGGAGAUGCACUAUUUGAUAAACAAAGUGUGGUUCCAGUUGUGAUCUGUGUGACAGGAAAGAGUGGUAUUGGCAAGACAAAGCUUGUGAAGGAGAUCUACAAGAAGCCUUUGACCAAGCGUAAUUUUGAUGUGCAGGUAUGGGUGACCUGUGCACCUAAUCUCAGUGCCACUAACAUCAAGAAGCUAAUUCUUCAGCGUAUGACAAAAGACACGGUUAGAAGCCCCACUGAACAGUUGCAAAGGAAACUAGGAAAUAAGAAGUAUUUGGUGGUUAUAGAUGGUGAAACUAGCAACACGGAGUGGAAAAAGAUACUAUUGGACCUCCCAAAGGACAAAACCGAGAGCAGAGUAGUGAAAAUCACACAUGCAACCAAACAAGAAACAACGGUGUCUGGCUUUAAACAACACAUCAUCGAGCUCAAUCCCAUUGGAAUCAAAGAUGUAACUAAUAUGUUCAUGAAUACACUUCUCAUGGACGAGAAAGUUGGGAAGAAGUCUCGCGGUCAAGUUGAGGAGGCUCUCACGAGAGAUGGAGAUGGAAGUUACAUUAAUGCGAAUCGGAUCUUCAAAGUCACUGAAGGUCUGCCACUAGCGGUUGUGCUCUUGUCUGGCCUUUUGCGGACCAAGGAGUACCCUAGAGAAUGGAAAAAGGUGUUUGAUCACCUCGAGGGCAAGUCCAAUGAAUGGAAGCCUCUUGACAUCAUACUAUCUAUGUGCUUGGAUGAUCUCCCACAUGACCUGAAAUCUUGCUUCCUCUACUUUGCCGGUUUCCCAGCAAGCACACUUGUCAAGGCGCGCAGCUUGGUGUGCAUGUGGAUGGCAGAGGGGCUCCUCAGACCAAAAGAGGGCAAGACAAUGGAGAAGGUGGGUAAGAAAUACUUGCAUGAGCUGCUCUGUAGGGGCCUGAUGAACUUUCCACCGUUGGAGAAUGCCACUCCUGGGAAUGAACGUGUGACCGUCCAAACCAAAGUCCAUGAAUUUCUGCUAAUUGAGGCUCAAGAGGCAAAUUUCAUGGAGAUCCACGAUGGUGAUGAUGUACCAACACUAUCUAAUGCUCGCCGCCUUACACUCCAGAAUCACAAGGAUAAGUAUGCUGCUCUCACCGACCCUUUACCCAAGUUGCGGUCAAUCAUGUCCAACUUCGAGAAAGAUGAUUCCCAAGGCAGUGUUGCUGAGACCAAGGAAGAGGAGGAGAUAGCUGGGGCUAAUGCCUGCUCCCCCAUCCCCCUUUGCCUCCGUCCACACAAGGAUAGGGUCAACUCCAAGGAUCAUAUGCGUAAGCUCCUGCAAGGAUCCCAGUUCCUCCGUGUCAUUUGCUUGUGUGGAUUGGAAGUCGGUAGCAAACUUCCAUCCGAGAUCGGGAGUUUGGUGCACUUGCAGUACCUCGGCAUCACCUAUUGCUUCCUCAACGAGAUACCAUCGUCGGUAGGGAAUCUCACACGUCUCCAAACAUUGGAUGUCCAAGGCACAUCCGUCACCAAACUUCCCCAGGAGUUAUGGAGGAUUCCGACAUUGCGACAUGUGUUUGGAUUCAUCGUCUUGCCUAGGCGAGUCGGUGACUUGGAGCAGCUGCAAACACUGGAGGCUGUAAAGCCUGAUGAUGCCGGUGUUACAGCUAGUGAUAGCUGCUGGGAUGCAAAAACCUUCGCCAACAUGAAGCGCCUCCAUUCCUUGUACAUCUGGGACAUCUCCAAUAAAAAUGUCAAGUGUCUGGAAGCUGUCUACGGACUCAAGUACCUCGUGCUCCUAAGUAUUCAGGGAAAAGUAAUUUCCUUGGAUUUGUUCACUCGCUCCAAGCUAUCCCGCCUCCAGGAAAUGGUUUUGAAGGGGAAGAUUGUGGCACCGACGACACCUUUAACUGCAAGUAACCGCUUCUUCUUCCCAACACUGACAAAGCUGUCUCUCAAUAAGACCAAGGUGUCCAAAGACUUCAUCGACAGACUAAGUGAAGAUCUGCCUCUUCUUGCUACCCUUGCUCUAUUCCGAGACUCCUACAGCGAGUCAUGUCUUGUCUUCACUAAUGGGUUUCACAGUCUCAAGGAACUAACUCUGGACGUGUAUCUAGAGGAGAUUGUCAUAAAGGAGGAAGCAUGUCCUGAUCUUAUGAAGCUGGAGGUAGUCGUUCACUAUUUGAAUCUUUGCAUUGACAUCCCUAACAAACCAAGCCUCAAGGAUACAAUACAGGAUAUGAUGAAGCAGCGUACAAUUGAGGUUAAUCGCGAUUGGUAAGAUGGAAGCUCUUUACAAGACACGGAAGUUCGUACUAAAGAUCAGCUCUGAGGUUAGUACGUACUAUAUGUGCUUGCAACAUAUACCGUAUAUAUGUUGUACUCCGUAUUAUUUAUGUGUGACCUAAAAGCUUGUAUGUGAGUGUUGAUACUCAUGUCAUCAUCAUGUGCGUGGUGAUUGUAAUUAGAACUAUAUACAUAUGCGUGUGGAAUGAUCUCUGGUCACCAUUUUCGAUGUAUGUAUUGACCAUGUAAAUUAAAGUGGCAAAACCCGCUUGAUUGUGCCAUGCCAGAGUUAUAAAAUGAUUGAGCAUGUUCAAUCAAGAUUGGUGUACAUCAUGUAUUUGUUUUGUGGAUAAAAUUAAGGGGGCCUUAAUUAAGGAUCUGCAUGCAA